GUUGGGUGUGGUGGGGAAAGGUAAAGCAGGUUUCACAGCACCUCCAGCGAGUAAGUACAGUAAAUGUACUGAGUUUUAGAAGUAAAGCAGCUAUUAUUACUACUACAAUUUCAGUUGAAACUUCUAUUGGCUGACUUCAGUCAUGGCAGACGCUUUGUCCUUUCUGGAAGAGGACUUGACAUGCCUCAUCUGUUGUGAUAUCUUCACCGAUCCGGUCACUCUGAAAUGUAGCCACAGUUUGUGUGAGAAAUGCCUCCAGCGUUUCUGGACGACUCAGGAUGUGCCGCACUGUCCAGUCUGUCGGAAGGAAUGCUCUCACGACGAGCCCACCAAGAGCCUGGCGUUCAGAGCACUCUGUGAGACCUUCAAGAACAGAAAACCCUCUGCUGUUUCAGGAGACGUUUGUCCAGAACAUAAAGAGGAACUCAAACUCUUCUGCUUUGAGGACCAGCAGCCCAUCUGUGUGGUCUGUUACACAUCAAAGAAGCACGAAAAUCACAAGUGUUCUCCUGUCGACGAGGCCGCUGGGAAUUUAAAGAGAGAUCUCAAGACACAGAUGGACAGACAUCAGGUGACAAUCACAGAGCUCAAGAAAGCUCAAGAGAGCUGUGUGAAACAGAGCGAGCUCUUUAAGGAACGCACUAGUAAGGAUGAAAACCAGAUAAAGGAGGAAUUUGAGAAGCUCCAUCAGUUUCUUAGAGACGAGGAGGAGAAACACAUUAGAUCCUUGCAUAAAGAAAUUAAACUUCUAGAUGAGAAACUCGAGGCCAGAAUGAAGGAGCUCUCUUCAAAGAUAUCAGAUCUGUCUGAGAAUAUGGCAGCCGUCUGGCAGGAUAUGGAAGAAGAAAACAUCACAUUUCUCCAGAAUUACAGGGAUACAGUAAAAAGACUCCAACACCCAUUAGUACCAAACACAACCCCUGAACUACAGGAACAUCAACACUAUCCCAUUCAGACAAUGAUCUUCACCACCUGGGCCAGGAUGCAGAACCUUGUUGAACAGUCUCCUGUGACUCUGGAUCCAGACACAGCCUCCAGUAAACUGCUGGUGUCACAGGAUUACACCAGUGUUGAGUACUUAGAAAUGAAAAUUAAUAUGUAUGAUAACCCAGAGAGGCUGUAUGUGGGAGUGCUGGCCUCACAGGGCUUCAGCUCAGGUGUGCACUGCUGGGACGUAGAGGUGAGAGACAAUGACCACUGGACACUGGGAGUGGUGGGAGAGACAGUAAACCGCAAAAAACUUUACAAAAUGGAUCCAAAGAAUCAUUUUUGGUGUUUUCGUUAUGUGAAUGGUACAUACAAGAAAGGAAAUAAACCUGUCAGUGAUAUUGAUUGCAACGAGAGGCCGAAUAUCAUCCGACUGCAGCUGGACUUUGAUGAAGGAGAGCUGAGAUUCACUGAACCCUUCAGAAACAGAAGUUUGUGCACCUACACAGGUGGAUUUCCAGAGAAAGUGUUCCCAUAUUUCUGUACUGGAGAUGUAGACACACCGCUUAAUGUUUUCCCAGCAAAUAGACAAAAACUGUAAACACCAACUAAUGCUUUUUUUUUUUAAACACUGUGUUUUGUGCACAUGCCAAGAUAAUAAUCAAAAGUAAUGAUGUUCAUGCAGUGUGACUUGAAUGUGAACAUAAUUCUUGUGGCCAGUGUAUGUUAAUUUAUAUGGCUAUGCAAUUAUUUAAUCAUGCAAUGUUUAAGUAUAUCGGGUGAUGUAUUAACGCAAAGUUUAAUGUGAUUAUCCAUGUAAAAACAAUAAAGUGUUAAUGUUGAUGUUCCA